AUUAAAAUGACAUCAUCAUUCGAUGUUCCUGUUAUUGAUGUACACAAUGGCAAUUUCAAAGAACUUUGGCCGGCAAUGGUUGUGGCUCUGAAAACAUCUUCCUUCGUUGCUGUUGAUACGGAGCUCAGUGGCCUCGGAAAUAGAGCGUCAUUGCUUGCAGCGUCAAUAGAAGACAGGUAUAAAGCCAUUUGUCAUGCAGCUCGCUCUCGUUCAAUCCUCUCAUUGGGAAUUGCCUGCUUCAAGAAGUUGAGCAACAAGGCAGCCGAUACAUACCUUGUUCAGGUGUAUAACCUCACCUUACUAUGUUCAGAGGAGUACAUCAUCGAGCCUCAAUCAGUGCAGUUCCUUGUCCAACAUGGAUUUGACUUCAACAAGCAGUAUGCAGAAGGGAUCCCAUAUCACAAGGGCAAUAAUAAGGGUGGGUCAGACAACCAGGGUGUUCAUAUUCGAGCUUUAUUUACCGAGUUACUUCGUGCAAAAAAACCUCUGGUGCUCCACAAUGGCCUCAUUGACAUUGCUUUCCUCUACCAGAAUUUCUAUGCACAUCUACCAGAUCAUUUAGCCACCUUCACAGCCGACCUUUCAGAGAUGUUUCCUGCAGGCCUCUUUGACACUAAAUAUGUCACAGAAUUCGACCUUCGCUUCAGUGCCUCAUAUCUAGAAUAUGCUUAUAAAAAAUGUAAACUAGAUAACAGUCGAAAUGAGUCUUCUGUUGAGAAUGGUCGUCGUGUCUACCUGGAAUUCUGUCAGUAUGCUGGUGCCAUGUCCAGCUAUGUGGACUACAGAUCCUGUCCAACUGGAGCUCCUCAUUCAGUGCAGGCAGACAUCUGCCAGUCUUUCUCGGCGUUUGGUUGGUGUUCAAAAGGCACAAAGUGCCCUUUCUCUCAUGACACUGACCUUAUCAUUCUCCAAGAUGAUAAAUCCAAGGAUGACAAGAGAAAAAAGAGGAAGCGUCAAAAGAAGAAAAAGAGAGAAGGAGAGUUAGAUGAUGACUCAUCAGUUUCGGAAGGUGCUCCUCAAAAUAAAAUACCUCACCUGGAAAUGAAUCCAGAUGAGAGCCAUCAAGUGGUGACUGAAGGGUGUCUGGAAAGUGCAGAUUUGGAAGACGGUAAUACAAACACAGAACUGCAUGAAGGAGAAAAUCUGAAAAGAGAUAGCAACGAUGACAGAAUAUGCGAGGAUAAGUUACAGUCCACAAACACAGAGAUGACCACCGGAACAAGUGAAAACAAGGCGGAGUCGGGCACACAUCGUGCCGGAUUCGAUGCCUUCAUGACAGGGUACAUAUUUGCCUACUCAUGCACCCUGGUAAAAAAGGAAGAAGAGGAUGCAAGUGAAGAGAAACUGAUAUGGCCACUGACCUCCUUCAAUAAGGUCUACCUCAGUGGAAAGACAACACCACUCAACAUUGUCAAGAGCACUUUCUCCAAGUCGUCUAAAGCACAUGUGCAAAAAAUGGAAAUGGUUUGGGGGGGAAAGCAGUAA